GCCUGUCUGUCCUUGCGCCUGCGUACUUCGCCUCCCGCGUCGCCGCGACCCCGAUCGGGAAGUGUCAACCCGGAGCUGGUUCCCCAGUCUUGGCCGCGGCCGCGCACAGCCGAUCCCGGAGCCCCCAGCCAGGCCCGGGCCCAGCCGCCAUGACGAACGUGUACUCCUUGGAUGGAAUUCUGGUGUUUGGUUUGCUCUUUGUUUGCACCUGUGCUUACUUCAAGAAAGUACCUCGUCUCAAAACCUGGCUGCUAUCAGAGAAGAAAGGAGUUUGGGGUGUGUUUUACAAAGCCGCUGUGAUUGGAACCAGGCUGCAUGCUGCUGUGGCAAUCGCCUGCGUUGUAAUGGCCUUUUACGUCCUGUUUGUAAAAUGAAUUCCAAAGCAUCCAUCUCAUCAGCUGCCAACCAAGAGGAUGAGGGUGAAGAAACUGUCGGGGGCCUGGGCCCAGUGUAAGAGAGCUCAGCUAAAAUCAUCAAAGUCCCCAAGAUGACGCCACAGCAUCUGCCCCUACUGUAUAUAGGGGAAAUUCCUCCUGGUUACAAACAUUAUAUAUGCUUCAGGGGACUCCAGAAGGCCAACUUCCUUUGACCUGUGUGUGAAUCAGUCCUCAGCAGAGAGCAUAUAAUGUCCAGAUAAAUUACACCCCACGGUGACAAGAUUACAUACCUCCUGCAUCAAAACCUGUCACCCAUUUUGUUCUUCAGCCCAUCCUGAGGAUCUUUUCAAACCGAGCCUCGUUAGGGAAGGACAUAGGCUAUAUUCACACCUCUUGGAAGGAGGAUUUUCAAGACUUGACUUUUUCCCCCUCCACUGUUUGAUUUGGAUUUGGAAAAUUGGUGGGGGUGGUAGGGGGGGCGGUAGGUGGGUGAGGGGGGAGGAGGGGAAUAGGAGUUAAACAAUACCAAGAAAAAUGUUCAGCUUUGGAAAUUUCUCUUUCAUAUACCCAUCUGGGAACAGAAAAGAGAGGCAUGGUCCUCACUGCAAAAAGAGGAGAGAUGAAAUAGCUGUGCUGUGUUGGUAGCUCAAGAGUUUGCCAAGAAAAUCUGGGCCUAUAUAAGAUUUAGGAAUUAUCUGUCUGUGAUGAGACCAGAAAGCAGUAACUUUGGGAUGAGAAAAAUGUUCUGUUCGCCAGUAUCCCCCAAAAGAGACUUCAUCCCAUCAAAUGGUAUAGAGAAAAUGAAUCCACUGUUGUAAUUUUCCUAAAACCUUUUUAUGUACUCUAAAUUACUGAGUACUAAAUAGCGUUACUCAGUCUUAAAUGCCAUUACUAGGGAAAAGAGAAAGUAUUGAAGAAAUAAUUUUUAAUAUAUUUGCAGUUAGAGUAAAAUUUAGUAUAUAAUUCAUACACUAGUAAAGUCAUUUAGUAUAAGAAUUUAUUGUGAUGUUAGAUGGAUGUUUUGUCAUGUUAUCCAAGACACAGCCUUAUUCUGUGUUUGAGUCUGGGUUAUUAUGGCAAUUUUUAAUUGAUUGCUUGUUUUUCUUGGGCAACUCUUAGUUUUCCUCAUAUUGCAGUACUCUUUAGGUAUCUUGGAAACUCUCUGUCUGUAUUAUAAGAACAUGGUAAAUUCAAAUGAGUGAGAGAAGUUGUUGAUAUUCACGGGCAUGUUGGGACAGUUCAUAGAAUCCAUGGAUAAAAUGAGGGUGUUUUCUAAAGUAAAGGAAAACAGAUGUUUGCAAUAGAGAUUAAUAGGCCUUUCCAUGGAUAUGAUACCUUACACAAAUCAUUUUAGAUGACUCAACAUUUGAGAAAAGACCCAUUUAAAAAAGAGAGUUGGUCUAAAAUUAAAUUAUUGUAAAAAGCAAGCAAAAGUAUAGGAACUAAUUGGAUUGUCCAUUACAGUAAAACUUGACUAUGGACAGGUUAGCUGUGGUUGACCCCUGUGUGGCAGGAAAUUGUUUUUUUUUCUUAUCCCCAAAGAAAAGCUGCUAGGAAGUUUAGGUUCCAAAAUAGGCAGUUCAGUGCUUUGAGGGUUUCUAGAGGUAUAGAAAGUCCUCAAGUAAACACUACAUGUCUAAUCAUCUCAGAGUUGUGGCUUUUGCCUCUUCCAGAAUUGGCCUGCAGGGUAAAUUUCAAUGAUUAAUGUGUUUUCCAUUGUCACUUCUGAGGAUCUUUCGCAUGAGGGAAAGGACAUCUAUUGGAAUAGAAAGGAAGAGUUACACCUUGUAGGUGUGUUUGGGACCUGUUGGCCAGCAGGAAUGUCACUCCCUGGAAAUACAGGUUUAGCAUGUUUUGCACUUAUUUUGUAGCUUUAAUGACUUGUUUUCCAAUAGGGCUAAUGUCUCUAAGCUUGGUGAGUAGAGCUGCUUCAUAUUUCAUUUCACAGUUCUAGUUCAAACCAAUUUUUACAACCUCCCAGAUGGGUCACCUUGACCUAAAUUGUUAUAUUUUGAGAUGUUUUCAUACGAGAAUGUACCAAAAACGUGCACAAAAUGAAGGUAAUUUACAGCAAGAAACAAAUACACAGCUUAUUUCAUUUCUUGCCUUUAUGUAAGCAGAUGAGCAGACGGCUGUUUAACUCAUUACUUUGGUUGAUGUGUCAUAUAUAUUUUGACUAAAAAUUAUAGGAAGUUGUUCCUCUGAGCGAGUCUUUUAGGGGUGGAAGCAGGGGGAUAGCAAUAUUGCCUCAGAUUCAAACUGGCAUCACCAUAAACCCUGAAUACCAGGGUGGGAUGGAGUCAGCCUUUUAUAGUUGAAAUACAAUUUUUUAUUCACCACUGUAUGCACAAAUCCUUGAAAAUAAAAUUUCUUUCCCUACUA